AUGAGUUUUAUAUAUCCGCUUCCGACUACCGGAACCAUUUCAUUUUCUGAUUUUUUGUUAGACGAAGACCAUUUAUACCUAAAUGAAAUUUCCGAAGCAACCGCUCAGAGAGGUCGUGUUCGUGCCGUUUUGAAGGAGGCCAAUAAAGCCGAAGGUCCGAAAGAUUACACAAAGGUUAUGAAGCAGACUGUCGAUGAUUAUUUGCCAUAUUUGCUUGGUAUUGUUGAUUGUCUAGAAGGAGGCCAACUGAAAUUGAAAAAAGAAUUUGAGACAUCAUGGCGUUGUACACUUAGCGAUUCAGUUCUUAAAAAGAAACGAGUAGUAUGUCGAGGGAUUUAUUAUGAAUUAAUUUUCACGCUUAUGACGUACGGGUACGCGUGUUCUAAUUGGGCGUCAAGCAUUAUAGAAAAGCAGCCACAGAAUGAUGAAAUUGAUAGUAAAUUGAAACAGGCGGCGGAUAUAUUACGUAGAGCUUCAGGUGUUUUCACGUAUAUUUCUGAGAAAGUAUGUCCUAGAUGGAUUAAACCACCACCGUCCAGACCUCCGGAUGUUUUAGCAGAAAUAUCAGCAUCAACAUCAAAGAUUGCUUUUGCUGAUGCAUCAUCAAUUGCUAUUCGCAAAGCCCUUAUGCAGCAAACAUCACCAUCUUUACUUGCAAAAUUGGCUAUUGGUGUUGCAGGAAAUUAUGAAAUGGCGAAUGGACUCAUUAAAAGUCUAAAAGAUUCGACAAAAGUAUGUGGUGAUUUCCGAAAUAUCUGGUCCAAAAGGCAAAACGGAAAAGCCGUUGGAUUUAUCACAGAAGCUAGAGAAAUAUUACAUCUUUUAACUAAAUGUAAAUCUCCUAUGAUCGCAGCGCGUGCGGCACAAGAGUACUCGGAAGUAAAUGAACUAUACAAUAGUUAUGUUGGAAUAAAUGAUACGAGGCGAAAUUUUUCAAAUUCCACCGGUAGCUUUGUUCUUUACAUAAUCUCUAUAAAGUUAUUGGUGACAUUUCAAGUUGUUCCAAGCAAAGCAGACCUUCAGGCAUUAAUUCCUGGAGGUCGUAUGGUUUUGGAUUUGGCAAAUUUUACACCACCAGCGCCAGCUUUUGGGCCUGGGGUCAACAAAACCAGUAGGUCAGAAUCAGGAUAUAUAUUGGAAAAUCAAUAUUAUUAG